AUGGAAAAGCUCACAAAUUAAAUACAGAAACAAUGCAGAAUCUGAACCAAAACCCUUCCCCAGCGGGUGCCAACAGCAGCAGCAGCGGCAGCGGCAGCAAAAGGACCAACACGUGCGUCAAGAUCGACAUCACCAAUUGCAAAUCGAAUCCCGAAUCGCCCCACCGCCCCAACUCAGUCUCCAACACCCCAGGGGGAAAUUCCGCAACAAGUGCGGGUAUGGGUUCGGCUGGUCUCCUCCAAGUCCCCACCCAUCACAAUCUGCAGCUCGAUAAAAUUUCCGUACGCUCGAUUAGUUCCGAGGAUAUAUCCAAUGGUGGAAGUGGAAAAUGUUGCAGUGCCGCUGCCAGGAAUCCAACCAUAAAAACCGGACGGCGCCUGCAACUGAUGCAGAUGAUAAUUCUACCAUUUAUACCAAUAUUGGCACUGAUUGUACAAACAUCUGUAUCGCUGCAAGAGAUACUCGAGUACAGGGCCGAUGUGGCCGAUAUAGAGACACAGGUAACUAUUGCAACGGAUUUGGGUAAAGUGGUAACACGUCUUCAACUAGAACGUUCUGAAGUGGCCUUCUACAUCUUCACCAAUGGCAGCAAACAGCGUGCCAAUCUCACACAGCGGUUUACUAAUACCGACCAUGCCCUAAAUAACAUGACAACGUGGAGUGAAAUAAGUGUGCCCACUGCGCCGGAUGAGGAUGAGGAUGACCGGGAAGUCAUGCUGAAUCGUAAUGAGUUUCAGAGUCGUCUCAAUGAGUUUAGAGAUCGAGUGCGGCUGGAACCGGAAGAUAGUUCCAUUACAGAAGUUAUGAAUUGGUAUACAUCGAUUAAUCGAGGACUAUUACAUCAUCUGAACGAGCAAAUCAAAGAGACUGAUAACAGUGGCGUGUGGCGCUAUUUAGUUGGUUUCAAAAAUCUGUUAAAGAGCAUUGAAUGCCAGAAUAUAGCCACCUCGUUUGGCAUUCGCUACUAUGGCCGAGGAUCGCUCACAGCUGAAAACUUUGUAUCCUAUGUGCGUUAUGAGUUCAUGGCGCGAGAAAUGAUUAAUUCGACCCUCAACUAUGCGCCAAUGUUGAAGUACAUGUACACAAAUAUAACGAGUAGCAAGAAAUUCCAUAGGGCGAAACUCAUGAGCAACACUGUGCUAAAAAACAAACCGAACGUAUCCGAUGAACGAAGCGCCAUUGAGUAUUACGAACUUAUGAACAAUUAUACCGAGGAUCUGAGAAUAUUGCAAAAGGCAUUGCGCCGCUUCAUCAAGGAGUAUGUUGACGAAACUCUAAUGGAGGCAGAUAGCAAAGAAGCCAUUGGCAUUGCCAUAUUGGUAGUUGUCUUACUGGUAUCGCCCAUUAUUAUUAUAUUGGUAAAGAAUGCAGCAGCCACCAUUCAGUUGUAUGCCUUGAAUCUGUCACAGAAGGCCAAGGAACUGAAGCGUGAGAAACGUAAAAGUGAUUCGCUGCUAUUCCAAAUGCUUCCACCCAGCGUGGCCAUGCAACUUAAGCAAACGCAGCAGGUGCCAGCCGAGCUCUACGAAGCAGUUACCAUCUAUUUUAGCGACAUUGUGGGCUUCACCGAAAUCGCGGCUGAUUGCACACCGUUGGAGGUGGUGACAUUUCUCAAUUCCAUUUAUCGUGUAUUUGAUGAGCGUAUUGAAUGUUACGAUGUCUAUAAGGUGGAAACCAUCGGCGAUUCCUAUAUGGUGGCUUCUGGGCUGCCGGUUAAAAACGGCAACAAGCACAUUAGCGAGAUUGCAACAAUGGCCCUUGAUUUGUUGGAUGCUUCGUCUCUUUUUCGUAUUCCUCGAGCUGGGGAAUUCGUUCAGAUAAGAUGCGGAGUGCACACGGGACCAGUGGUCGCCGGAAUAGUGGGCACCAAGAUGCCACGCUAUUGCUUAUUUGGCGACACUGUUAAUACGGCUUCACGCAUGGAAAGCACCGGAGAGGCCCAAAAGAUACAUAUCACCGAAGAGAUGCACGAUUCACUACAGCAGGUGGGAGGCUUCAAAACCGAACAUCGUGGCCUUAUUGAUGUCAAAGGAAAAGGUCUAAUGAGUACCUAUUGGCUAACCUGCAAGGAUGGACCCGUUAAAAUGUUGCGUGAGGAGAUCUCUUGGAGGGCCGACAUACAGCCCGUGUUCCUGGAUCAUCUAAAAAUGCAUCCUCCCACGGACUACAAGUUGCCCAAACGCAAAUGAAGGCCCGUUUGAAUGCCUAAUGAGAACAAAUUACUGUUAUUCCAGUGUGUGCCGUGUUAUCUCUUGUCCUCUUUGUGUUUACGUAUGUUUGUAUGGGUGUCUGUUUGUUAGAGGUUAUUCACCCUUCUCAUGUACUAAGUGGGCGAUUGCUCUGUAAUUUGACUAUGUGAAUGACUACUAUUAAAUAAUUCUGAAUGUAACAAACCAA